AUGAAUUACGAGCCCAACCCCCAUCUCUCCCAAGCCAGAGGGUGUCAGUCCCCACGGCGGCCUUAUCCCGAGGCCCUGAACCAUGACCCGGUGAUGGAGUAUUACAUCUACGAGAGCGCCGACCCCCAUCUGAGCAACAUUGGGCAUGAAUACCACAACCGCCUGUUGCCGGUGCACACACGGAGUGACACCAAUAAGCUGAGUCAGGGGUCCUCGGAGGUUGUCUACGGGCAUGCCCAUUACUUAAGUAACAGUAUGAUAUCUAAUAUUCCAUCAGAUGAAAUCAUUUUUUAUUAUGGAAGUGGAAUGCAAUGCGAUCCAAAUGAGUAUAAUACGAAUGAUAAGUUCAAUUCAAUGGAGUAG